AUCUCUAUGCAGAGAAUAGGCGCAUACUUCACACUGUAGUACAUAUCCAGAGCAGUUACAAGCACACUCUCCAUACUGUAAUACAAACACAGUACAGUUGUAUAUAUAUCGUUCUGAUAAGCUUUGUGCUCACAUACCAACUCGGGUAGUUGUUAAUAUUCCCUUGACCAGUUUUGUGUUGACGUACCAUCACUCACCAUGGGGGUCUUAGAAAAGAUAGCCGAGAUAGAGCUCGAGAUGUCUCGUACACAGAAAAACAAGGCCACCAACUACCAUUUGGGUCUGCUAAAGGGUAAGAUAGCCAGGCUCAGAGCGGAGUUGUUGGCACCCAGUUCCAAGGGCCCUAAGGGAGAGGGCUUUGACGUGAUGAAAAGUGGAGAUGCCCGUGUUGUGAUGAUUGGAUUCCCAUCUGUCGGUAAAUCUACGUUGCUGACUAAAGUCACGGAGACGACUAGUGAAGUAGCUGCGUAUGAGUUCACAACGCUCUCGAGUGUUCCAGGUAUGUACACAUACUAUACAAUAUCCUUAUACAUAUACGCUACUACCUUCCCUUCCCCAUUAUACCAUAUCCUAAUACAUACAUGCUUGUCUUGUACUACCUUCCCUGCCCAGGUUGUGGCAGUAGCACGUACGGCUGAUAUGGUGAUGUUUAUGCUGGAUGCCAUGAAGGGAGACGUACACAAGCAACUGCUCGAGAAGGAGCUGCACGAUGUAGGUAUCAGAGUCAACAAACAACCACCGAACAUCUACCUGAAGGUCAAGAAAGCCGGCGGCAUUCACUACAAUGCCACAGCCAAACAGACGAAGGGCCUGGACGAGAAGUUAACACAGAUGAUUCUGCAGGAUUACAAGAUGUUCAACUGCGAAGUAAUUUUGCGAGAGGACUGUGACGCGGACGAUCUUAUUGAUGUCAUCACAGGCAAUCGCAUCUACGUACCGGCGUUAUACGUGUACAAUAAGGUAGAUCAAAUCACCCUGGAAGAAGUCGAGCGCCUGGCCCGCAUGCCCCACAGCUUGGUGAUCAGUUGUCACUGGGAUCUCAAUCUUGACCGCCUCAUAGAGCGUAUCUGGAACAACCUCAAUCUCGUGCGUGUGUAUACCAAACGGAAAGGGGUGGCGCCGGACUUUGACGACGGCAUCAUCCUGCGCAACGGAGCGACGGUGGAGCAUGUGUGCCACUCCAUCCACCGUACACUCGCAAACGACUUUAAAUACGCGUUGGUGUGGGGUAAGAGUGCCAAAUUCAGUCCGCAACGAGUGGGUCUCUCACACAAGCUCGAGCCGGAUGACGUUGUCCAGAUUGUGAAAGUUAUUUAAAAAAAAUCUCAUCGGGUACAUAUGUAAUGUUAAUAAAAAGAACUUAUACACCGAA